AUGGUCUACGUGCCCAGCUCAAAGUACGAGGACGCGUACCAGCGGAUAGUCGCCGGGGCGUCGCACAGCAGCGGCACCUCGGUGGUGAUAUUCGCAAGCACAGCCGACGGCGACACGCUCUGCGGGCUGCGCAUUCUCACAGGCCUUCUAAAGCGCGACGCCAUCGGACACAAGAUCGUACCCAUCAGUAGCUACGCCGACAUUGUGCAGAUGAACGCCAAGCUGGUCGCAGCCAACGCGCAGAUCCGUACGCUGGUCUUCCUCAACUGCGGAGCCACCGUGGAUAUCCAAGACUACGUGACCUUGCGCGACUCGCUGACUGUUGUUAUUGUCGACAGCCAUCGGCCCUUCAACCUGUACAACGUCUAUUGGAACGACCAGGUGCAAUGUCUGGACGACGGCGAGGUCGAGGAGAGCAUGGCUGAGAUGCAGAAGGCCUUUGAGGAGAUUGAGUUUGGCGACGACGACGGCGACGGCGAGGAUGACAGUGAGGGCGGCGAUGGGGGCGGCAGCGGCAGCGACGGCGAGAGCCCCGGGCGGCGACGCCGGCUCAACAGCGCCAGCGACAGGGACAGCGCCAGCGACGGCGACGACAGUGCGCAGCCACAGCCACGGCGACGGAACCCACGGCCGAGCACCGACCCAGACGAGUUCAUCCGCCUUCAGCGGCUGCGCGCGGAGCGGCGACAGGCGCGCAGCGCGCACCAGCAGCGGAUCCAGGCGUACUACGCACAGGGCGCGUACCACGGCCAGGCAUGCGCCGUCAGCAUGCAGCGGCUGGCGGAGCAGCUCGGCCACCCGGCGUCGCUCGACUCCGUAUGGUGCGCCAUCACCGGCGCCGCCACCCAGCACCUGCUGCAGCACGCGGACGGUGCCGCACACGCGCUGACCACUGCGCGGCUGCGCGAUCUUGUGCGCCGCGUCAGCGGCCCGGCAGCCCCCGGCGGCGCGGCCGACGCGACGCCCAAGGCGUUCACGCCGCAGCUUGAGCUGCCGCACGCUGACGACGACGAGGGCUAUGCGCGGGCACGCAGCGGAGCCGGCUCGGCAGCGGAGGCCGGGCUUCUGCGCCAUGCGGUUCAGCCCAUACGUGGCGACGCGGCUCGGCACAUGGUCGAGCCGCGGUCGCGCGCGCCUCGACCUGCUCCUGGCCAAGCUGGGCCUAUCCAAGGCCGAGGCGCGCGCGCCGUUCCAGCAUCUGGCGCCGGAGCUCAAGCUGCAGCUGCACCGGCGAUGGCCGAGAUCGGCGCCGACUACGCGAUGGCCGACGCCGUGGCACCCGGCUUUGUGCGCGACUACGGGUGGCGCAAGCCCAGCGUGUCGGGCACCGACAUGGCACUGGCGCUGCUCGCGCUGCUGCAGGACGACGGGUUCUACGCCGCCUACGAUGCGCUGGCGGACAUUGAUGCGCUGCGCCGCGGGCUGCUGCUGGCGCAGGCAGUGCAGAUGCGCGUGGUUGCCUUGGGGCUUGGGAUGCUCGAGCGCCAGGCGGUCAAGGCGCUGAGGGCCUUCCGCUUGGCUGUGGUCGCUGAGGCCGAUGCCGCGCACCUUAGCCCGCCGGUAUUGCGCCAGCUGGCGUUGUUUUUGAUGCACACGCUGCGCGAGCAGCACUUGGGUGCGGAGAGCACUGCAAGGAAGCGCGCUGCACGGCUGCCAUUUGUCAUUGCCGCGCCGGUGUCUGCCGAGCUGCCAGACAGAAUGCUUGUGCUGGGCAUCACGGCGCCCGAUUACGCCCGCGCAAUUCGCUGGCAGGCGCAGCCAAGUAUGGGGCUGGAUCAGGCGGAUCAGGCGGGUCGGCUGGGUCGGCUUGGGCGGGACUUGGGCGCCGAUGUGAGGCAGGGAUUCUUUGACAGCUCGGUGCUGGAGAUCGCCCGGUCCGAUAUGAGCGUCUUUGUAGACAAGCUUCGAAAGCACUUGUAA